GAGUGACGUCGACGAGCCGCGUGCUGCACGGGAGGGAGCGAGCGCGAGCCGCUGUUGUCCGGGGCGACCGACCGACCGACCGACCGCGGCCUGAGGCGGUCAGGACCCCCCGGGAACGGGGGGGGAGAAGACGACACAGCUCGCUCUGAUAAUGGAUAAUUUAAAAAGGCUGCAAUUUCUCAGGAACUCGGCUUUUCAUCUGAAGGAAACCUGCCCAGCAGUCGCAAGCUUCCUCUUAUGGACACACGAUUCUAUAGCAGAUGGGAAAAAUAAAUCGAGUGGCGUGUGUAAGCACUGCUUCCAGUACCUUCGUCCCGGAAACCAUCGGGUGCGGCUGAAACCCAGGAAAAAGAUGACGCCCCAAAUAAAAAAGCUACUGCAACAUCAGGCAGCCAACUGGAAACUGAACCUCAAACAGCAACGAAAACUGUGGAAAUACUGGAAGUGCCCAAAUAAAUUGUUGGUUACAUGCUAUACCUGUAAGGAAACUUCAAGAUUCAAUGGAGCGAGAAGGAGAUCUCUUGCUGUGAGGCCUCACAUCCCAAGAAGCUUAGCCAAGACAAAAACGGACUUAAAGACACUCGAAGCAAGGAGGAUGCCCCAGUCUACAGAGAAAGCAACCAAAUACUCUCCAAAUGUGAAUAAAUCGAGUUCAGAAAGCAAGAGCCAAGCUACAACUCCACGGACGUCUGUGGUGACACCCUCCACUUCUUCGCCCUCUUUGAAGUCAGUGAAAGGGAAGAACCUGCAAUGCUCUCGCCUCAAGGUGCUGUUGAAUUCUGAGCAGAAGCAGCCGAGCACAAAGGCCACGCUUAAAGAUUUCCUGUCUUCGGUGUAAACCACGAUCUGUGUGUGUGUGUCAUUUUUUAAAUGUGCUGUUUGUCCGGCCGAAGAAAAUGUAAUUGGGGGUGGGGGGGAGACGAAUCAUCCUCAAGUCGGCUUGUCUGAACAGUCAGUCAGACGGCCUGGGGGUUGGGCAAAUUGAUUUUUUGUAAUCUUGUCACAAAAUAGAUUUUUGCUGCUGUUUAUAUCUGAAUCGAUGGGAAUAUUACAAGAACAAGCAUGUUGGAGCUCGGGCGUGCAACUGUGCAAAUGUGAUAGAGCAGAUUAACCUGCAGCAUGCGGGUAACUGAUAAGCUGAUUUGCCAUCUGGCUUUCUCGAGAAGCACAAAUAUACUCCUCGAUGUUGAUGUUAAAGUGGCGGCAGCUGUCGGGACAUGAGUUCUAGUAACUAAUUAUAUUUAACCAUAUACUGCUUUCAGUUUUGUUUUUCGCUUAAAGUCGCCAAGGAUGAAUGUUGCUACCUUAACUAUUUUAACUAUUUUAGUGUGCAUGAUUCGGUGAAGGGGAUUUUUUUUUCUCCUCCCCGCAACCUCUCCCUGAACACAGUCCCGAACAGAGGCUGAAGACAGACACAGAGUGCUGGAAUAAUACCCCUGUACCACGGUACGAGUUCAUUCCAAGCGCUCCCCCGAUUUAAAAAAAAAA